AUUGAUGUUGGUUAUGUCUAUGAUGAACCUGGCCAUGCAGUUAUGAGAAAAUGGCUGCUUUUGAAUGACCCCGAAGACAGCAAUUCUAACCCGAAAGGCUAUUUGAAAGUCAGCAUGUUUGUUCUUGGAACAGGAGAUGAGCCUCCUUGGAUGAUGCCUUUGCACAGACUGUAAAAGAAAUAUUUGGAGGAGAAGCUGAUAAGAAAAAUCUGGUGGAUCCCUUCGUGGAAGUCUGCUUUGCUGGAAAAAAGUUUCCCUCAAUGUGUGAAAAAAUAAGGCUGAUGGUGUAUGAUUGGGAUCGUCUUACAAAAAAUGAUGUUGUAGGCACUACGUAUUUAUGCCUCUACAAAAUAGCUGCCUCUGGUGGAGAAGUUGAAGAGCUUUCAUCUUCGGGAGCUGGGGCUUCAUCAUAUGAAGGUUCAUAAUCAUAUCUUGGAGUGUAAUAUGAUUUGCUUUCUUUGGUUCCAAAGUUAAUAUUUUCCUUUCAAAUCAAAAGAACUACCCAAAUUAUUGCUUAAAGUUGCAUUCACGGCUGCAGCAACACAUUCAUCUUUUUGUAAAUAAUGUUAAUCAGCUUGGCAUGAUUGGAAAAAAAAAUGCUUUUGGCUUUGGCAUGGCUGUAUAUCAGAGUUUUAGUGCAAUUAUUACUUCAGUGAUCCGGCUAUACAAUAUCUACACUGCUAAAAGGCUGUGGCUGGUUGUUGGUUUAAAUCUCAGUGCUUCUCUUGGCUCAGUGAAAAUACAAACAGGUGGACAGUGUUAGCCAUCAAAGGUGACCCAGUGUAAUAUUGGAUAGCCCAGCCAUCAUAUGGUGUGUGGUUUUGCGGGAAAUACAUUGCAAUGUAACUUGGAGGGAAAUGACUGGAAAAUAAAGAAUUGCCAGGAAACCCAGUUCAUCCGCCCAGCUGCUGAGACACAUAUCAAUGAGUUUGGGGCUAAAUGGGCUUUCCAGCUGUAUAAUCCCAGGGUCUUGGGUUUUAUCUGUGGCAAGUCUAUGAAUAACGGAGUCCUUGUUCAUAAGAUAGCUAGUCAGUCAUGUUUAUACCACGAUUUUGCUCAGUCUCUGAUACUUUGCAAUGGGCUUCCUCGUGUGGCUAGGUGUGGCCUAGUGGCUGCCACUUCCCAACCUCAGGCAUACAGUGGAAUUGGCUUGAACGGUUCACCGACAAAAGGGCGAACGACAAAACCGCGCCCGACUAAACCGCGGUGACAAAACCGCGUGUUCUAAA